CAGGGCACUUCUUCCAGGACUGGGCCUCGAGGGGCCAUGUUUUCACGAACGAGGACGGUUUUUUUGUUUCCAUUUUCAUGCCCAUCAUUGUUGGCACCGUUCCAAACUAUAUUUGCAUCUGAGAAAAUCCCUUAUAUAAGAGGAACUUCAAUGAUCUAAAAGGCAGAUUCGAGAUUUGAAGCGUGAAAAACAUAUCAAAAUUGGAAUACUUUCUUUAAUUGAGUUUCAUCAUAAUAAGUAGUAAAAUUACGUACUUGAACGGAUGUGCAAUUUCUGUACGCAUUGCAUCUAGUUUGGACUUUGGCGCCAAUAUCAAGAACAGCUGAUGGGCGAGACCCAAAACAUUUCCGUGGAACAUGUCUUGCCUUGUCGCACGGAAAUUGCCACCCUCCAAGCGUUUGUGGUGGAGCACCUAUGCUCAACUAAGCAGUCAAUGGCACACCUACAGCAACAAGGUGGCUCUCUGCGAGUCCAACAACGCCCAAGUCACUUACAGUGAGCUUGUACGCGACUGUACCGCGGUGUCCCAAAAACUCAAAGCGGAACUGAAAACAAAGCAUGGACCCAGUCGAAUUAGCUUCUUAGUUCCCCGAAAUCGGAGCUUUGUUCAAGCGCUAUUUGGUAUCUUCCAUUCCGGGAAUGUUGCGGUUCCGUUGUGCUCUGAUCAUCCAUCUGAAAUGCUUCGCUACUACAUCCAAAACUCUGAAUCGGAUCUCGUGAUUGCUUCCCAUCAAUCCGUGGAUGUGAUACACCAAGCUUUGAAAGGAAAUGGUUCCAAACGAGGAGUUGUCCUGAUCGAGGACCUUUUGAAGGAUGGAACCAAGGAACCCCAACCAAUGGAGACUUGUCUCGAUGACGAUGAUGCUUUGAUUAUUUACACGAGUGGAACGACAGGUCCUCCCAAAGGAGUGGUCCUCACCCACGGCAAUCUUAAAGCUCAGACCGAAGCCAUGAUCCAAGUUUGGGAUUGGUCUCCCCAGGAUUCCUUGCUUCAUGUACUCCCGUUGCAUCAUGUCCAUGGGAUCACAAAUUGUCUUCUGACGCCAUUGUCUGUUGGCGCAAGCCUCACAAUGUUGGAGAAAUUCAACCCCCAGCAAGUGUGGCGCUUUCUUCUUCAGCAAGAAGAAAGGAAGCCGAACCUAUUUAUGGCCGUUCCUACAAUCUAUUCCAAAUUGAUACAAACCCGCCCAAGAGGUUCCAAUCCCGAUGAGAUCCAGACCAUUUUGCGGUCCAAGAUUCGACUAAUGGUGUCAGGCUCAGCUGCUCUCCCUGUGCCUGUUCUUGAAAAGUGGAAGUCGCUUACUGGUCACACGCUUUUGGAGCGAUAUGGCAUGACCGAAAUCGGAAUGGCUUUGACCAAUCCUUUAGAAGAAUGGAAAAGAAUCCCGGGAUCUGUUGGUCGUCCGUUCCCCGGUGUCUCUGCUCGAAUCGUCGACAUAAGUUCAAACCAAAGCGACAUUGUUUUGUCGGAAUCGGAUCGCCGGAAAUUCAAAGUGAACCACCGUGAUAAAGAGGAGUCAUCGGGCGAAUUGCAAAUCAAAGGUCCCAAUGUGUUUAAGGAAUAUUUUGGAAAUGCAGAGGCCACUGCCAAGGAAUUUACUCACGAUGGUUGGUUCAAGACCGGAGAUACCGCAUUUAUGGAUCGAUCAGGCGUGUUCCGAAUUCUUGGACGAACUAGCGUAGACAUCAUCAAAUCCGGAGGCUAUAAGAUCAGUGCCCUGGAUAUUGAGCGAGUUCUUCUGGGUCAUCCGGACAUCAAAGAUGUUGCUGUGAUUGGCAUUCCAGACGAGGAGUACGGCCAAGUUGUAACUGCCUUGGUUGUACUUGAUGAUACUCAUAAGAACAUCAAUUUGACCGAGAUUUCGGAUUGGAUGUCAACCAAACUUCCCAAAUACUCUGUUCCAAGAAUUUGGAAGUCAUUGCAAACGUUACCCCGAAAUACUAUGGGCAAAGUGAAUAAAAAAGAACUGUUAAAGUUGCAUUUGAAAUAAAUCGCCAGUUAAAACA